UCAAGUUUUCGCCUGUGUAUUUCAAAAGUAAUUUCACAUUUGAAGAGACAAUUCCUGUUUUUGCCAGGACUGUUGACUUUGUCCCCCAAUCCAAGAAAGUGAACAUUUUCUUUCCUCUAUGGAAAUCCAAAGAGUGGGGCUUGGCUCAGAUAUUUACAGCCUUGUUUUUCAUCUCCAUGAAUGUCCAACAGGAUAUUUGAUAGUCAUGGUGAUGCUGAAUGUGGGAUGAUUUUUCAUUGUGCAUGAUGCCUCAUCAUUGCAUGAUGUCAAAUAUGUCAAGUCACUGAGACAAUAAAAAUGCUAACAUUAAUCACCCUCAUUGAGAACCACUGCUGCUAAGAUACCAAAAAACUGGAAUCCUCAAAUCCAACCUAAGCCAUAGUUUUAGCAGCACACUUGACAAGGGAAAUCCACAAAGACUUCCUGGAAGAGGUAAAAUGGAACAAGCUUAAUAAGGAUAACAACCUCACUUAGGUGUUUUGGGAGAAUUCUACAAGUGGAAUCCUAAAUGGAAUUAUGUGCUCUUUGGACUGUGAGGAGAUACGGAAAGACCUGGAACAAUGACUGCACAUUCGGUAGGCAUCUGCUGGUGCUCUGGCCUGGCCUGGCAUGCGACCUGACUGCUCUGGCUUCCCGGCGUCCUCCCUCUGGCCUCGCUCUGCGAAUGCCCCCUCCAACCUGACACAGCCGCCCUGUCCUACCUUCGCCCUGGGUGACCAUUAGCUCUGCGCUGUCACGUGGGGAACUCCAUCUGAACUGCGGGCGCUAUGACUUUCCAUUGAACGUAUCCCCAUCUCUAAUCUGGUUCAGCGCCAGCUGGUCGACUCUGUCGAGAGCCCCUCGGCCACCCACAGCCAGACACCAAACAAUGAGAAGGAAGGGCUCCCGGCGUGGCCCCGCCUCCUCUCGGCGCUUCCGCCGCCCAGCCUUCCUCUGGCCCAGUGGGCAGUGGGCGGGGCUGGCCGCGCGCGCAGCCUGACGGGCCGUAGGUCCUCGCACGCGUCCUUCUCCUGUAGGAACCGGCGUGCGCCGUGCGCGCGACUGGAAGAAGCAGCAUGCUGAUCCCAUUUUCAAUGAAGAAUUGCUUCCAGUUACUUUGUAACCUCAAGGUCCCAACAGCUGGCUUUAAAAACACAGUAAAAAGUGGGCUUAUUUUACAAUCGAUUUCUAAUGAUGUUUAUCAAAAUCUGGCUGUAGAAGACUGGAUCCAUGACCAUGUGAAUCUAGAGGGCAAGCCGGUUCUUUUCCUUUGGAGAAAUUCUCCCUCUGUUGUAAUAGGUAGACAUCAGAAUCCUUGGCAGGAAUGCAACCUGAAUCUGAUGAGAGAAGAAGGUAUAAAACUGGCUCGGAGAAGAAGUGGAGGAGGAACAGUCUAUCAUGAUAUGGGUAAUAUCAAUCUGACUUUUUUUACAACCAAAAAAAAGUACAAUAGGAUGGAGAAUUUAAAAUUAGUUGUGAGAGCUCUGAAUGCUAUCCAACCCCAGCUGGAUGUGCAGGCCACCAAAAGAUGUGACCUUUUACUUGAUGGACAGUUUAAAAUCUCAGGAACAGCUUCUAAGAUUGGCCGGACUACUGCUUAUCACCAUUGCACUUUAUUAUGUAGUACCAAUAGGACCUUCUUGUCAUCUUUGCUGAAGAGCCCUUACCAAGGGAUCAAGAGCAAUGCCACUGCUAGCAUACCUUCCGUAGUAAAAAAUCUUUUGGAAAAAGAUCCCACUCUGACCUGUGAAGUACUGAUGAAUGCUAUUGCUGCAGAAUAUGCUGCUUACCAUCAAAUUGAUAAUCAUAUUAACCUAAUAAACCCAACGGAUGAGACACUGUUUCCUGGAAUAAAUAAUAAAGCCAAAGAACUACAGACCUGGGAGUGGAUAUAUGGCAAAACUCCAAAGUUUAGUAUAAACACUUCCUUUAAUGUAUUAUAUGGACAGUCAUAUUUGGAAAUUAAAAUAGUCAUAGACAUAAAGAAUGGAAGAAUUGAAAUCUGUAAUAUUGAAGCACCUGAUCAUUGGUUGCCACUGGAAAUAUGUGACAAAUUAAAAGCAGGUUUUAUUGGCAGUAAGUUUUGCCCAAUUGAAACUACUAUGCUAACAAGUAUAUUACAUAAAACAUGUCCUAAAGAUGAUGAACUACACAGUAAAUGGAAUAUUCUCUGUGAAAAAAUUAAGGGAAUAAUGUGAUUCCAAAUAAAUUUCU